GGAGUUCUAGUAGUAGAAGAAACCGGAGCACCGGGAAGAGCGAGGCAGCGCGCGCACACACGCUUCCAGGCCGUGGCUUUCCUGUGGGUAUCUGGAGUUUAGAAGAGUCUGUGGAGGACAAGAGGAUGAUUCGACACGUGUUUUAUUUAUCGCUGCUGGUCGCUUUCGCCGCCUGUGACGCGCCCCACGUCCCGUUAGACGACAUCUUCAUAGAGAAAACUUUCGUGCCGGAGCAGUGUGUGCGCGCAGUCAAAGUAGGAGACUAUGUCAGGUACCACUACAUUGGCAUGUUCCCCGACGGCACCAAGUUCGACUCCAGCUAUGACCGCGGCAGUACCUACAAUGUGUUUGUGGGUAAGAAACAGCUGAUCCAAGGGAUGGACAAAGCCUUGGUGGGGAUGUGUGUCAACGAGAGGAGUCUGGUCAAGAUCCCACCUCAUCUCGCCUACGGGAAACAGGGAUACGGCAACAUCAUUCCUCCUGAUUCCAUCCUUCACUUUGAUGUGCUGCUGCUCGACGUGUGGAACCCGGAGGACGGCGUUCAGAUCAACACCUACCACAUGCCGACCACCUGCUCCAGAAAGGUGGAGGUGUCCGACUACGUCCGCUACCACUAUAACGGUACACUGCUGGACGGGACGCUCUUUGACUCAAGCCACACUCGGAUGCGUACCUAUGACACCUACGUGGGUAUCGGCUGGUUGAUUGCUGGUAUGGAUCAGGGUCUUCUGGGAAUGUGCGUCGGAGAGAGGCGGAUCAUUACUAUGCCACCCGCACUUGGAUAUGGAGAAAAUGGAGAUGGUAGUGACAUCCCAGGCCAGGCGUCUUUGGUGUUUGAUGUGGUGCUCCUGGAUCUCCACAAUCCCAGAGAUGGUAUCGCAGUGACCAAUCAGCAGGUGCCCCAGUCCUGCACCAGGAAGACGGUCGCAGGAGACUUUGUACGUUACCACUACAACGGCAGUCUCCUCGAUGGAACAUUUUUUGAUUCCAGCUACUCCCGUAAUCGUACAUAUGACACCUACGUGGGCCGGGGCUAUGUGAUCGCCGGCAUGGAUGAGGGUCUGAUUGGAGUGUGCGUUGGAGAGAAGCGGACCAUCACCAUCCCCCCACAUCUGGCCUAUGGAGAGGAGGGCACUGGCUCUAAGAUCCCUGGUUCGGCUGUUCUUGUGUUCGACGUUCACAUUAUUGACUUCCACAAUCCAUCAGACAACACCGAGUUCACAGUCACGUACAAGCCAGAGGAGUGUGAUAAACAAACCAAGAAAGGAGACUUUGUUAAGUAUCACUACAAUGCCUCUCUGAUGGAUGGCUCACCCAUUGACUCAACGCAUAAUUAUGGAAAGACGUACAACAUCGUCCUGGGAGCCAAUCAGGUCGUCCCAGGGAUGGAGGAUGGACUGAUGGACAUGUGUGUAGGAGAGAGGAGACGUCUGGUCAUUCCUCCUCAUCUGGGCUACGGGGAGAGAGGAGUCACUGAUGAAGUCCCCGGGAGCGCUGUGCUGGUGUUCGACGUCGAGCUGGUAGAAAUGGAAGAAGGACUCCCAGAAGGCUACAUGUUCAUCUGGAAUGAGGAUGUAUCGCCGGACCUCUUCUCUGAGAUGGACAAGGACAAUAACGAGCUGGUGGAGCCCUCUGAGUUCACUGAUUACAUCAUACGGCAGGUCAAUGAGGGUAAAGGUCGCCUGGCCCCUGGCUUUGACCCGUAUCGCAUCAUCGACAACAUGUUCUCCAACCAGGACCGCGAUGGAGACGGAAAGAUCACAGCAGCAGAGUUCAAGCUUAAAGCAGACGAGGCGGCCGCUCAUGAUGAGCUAUGACGGAACCGGGGUUAAGAAUCAUAUUGGGGAAAGGGGCAACGGGUGCAACACUGCGAAAUGGGAGGGGACAUUUUAAGGGUGGGAGUGUAGAAGACAAUGUAUUUGUAAGGAACAAGUGCAGUGAGAAUGUUCUAUAAGGACAUGAUGUCUUUAUAGAACCAAACAGAGGAAAGUAUGGUUUUGGGGAAUGCACGAUGAUCUUUAUUUGUCAGAACUUAAGGACAAUGAUGAUAGUGAAUGACUUUUUUUUUUACCUCCUGUCUCAUCAAGUUCCUAAUGUCUUGUUUUGUGUGAACCUUUUUAUUUUUUGAAGGGUACAAAAGCACUCCUCCCAGAUAGAACAAACCAAGGUCUAGCUCCUUGUUGCCUUUUUCGUAUUCCUUCCACCUGGUUUCAGUUGUCCCUACAAAUGUCAGUCAUCCCUAACUGCUCUACUUUAAUGAUGAGAAUUUGUGUUUGAACAUUACCACUUCUUUAUUCAUCAAGUGAUACAUAAAAUAGUGUUUUAUUUCUUCGGUUUACAUCUGAAAAACUUGUGAUUGUUUUUUUCUUCUAAAAAUCAGGUCACCUUAUGUGUUUUCUGCUGUUGAGAUUAUCCACACAAGGCCCUUUUUAGUGGCAUUUUAAGAAAAAAGUCUACACAAACUCCUAAAAUAUCAUUGUGGAUGUUUAGAUUUUAUUCACUAUAGAUAAAGUCAUGUCGUGUUAAAGUUGUGUCAUUGCUUUUUGCCUUCAUCCCAAUGUUAACACCUGUUUGUAUUCAGGACUUUGUGAGUGUGUGAGUGUGUGUGUAAGACAGAGAGAAAAGAUAAGUAUGUGUGAAAAUGUUUUUUGUUUAGUUUUUUUGUUUACUUUUCUAUUCAGGAAGAAAGUGAAUUAUGAUGAUGACAAUGUCAGCACAAAGCUUCAUUUGAUUAAAUGACCUGAAAUGUAA